UCUCGCGAGGUUUCCCCGCCGCGGCUGUCACCUUCUUGGCCAGCCGGCGCGAGCUCGGUGCCGCUUCAGGACUCAGGCGACGAUGGCAGCCCUGAGGGGGCUCCUGUGGUGGCGGCGCCGCCGCUGCUGCUCCCCCUCCGAGUUGCCUCCGCGCCGCCUGCUGCUGCUCUGGAGCGCGAGAGGCAAGGGCCGGGCGGCGCCGAAGAGCGGUCUGAGCGCAGCGGCGGCGGGGGCUGCCGGCGGGGCGCUGGCUUGGCUCGUCUGUCAGCGCUACUACGGCGAGCGGGAAGCGUUGUUUGGCGGCAAGGGACGCCCGGCGGAGGGACGGAGGCUGCUGCCCAUCCCUGUGGCGGCGGCUGCCAAGGAGACGGCGACCACAGAUGGCAGAUCAGAUUAUGAAGAUUUGGAUCUCUGUGCAACUUCCCGGGAGCAGCGGUUUCGUAUGUUUUCCAGUUUAGAAUUUGAAGGGCAACUGUUUAUGACACCAUAUGACUUCAUUCAGUCUGUUUCAAAUGAUGAACCAAGACAGCCAAAGCAGUGGAAGUCGCUUUCAAAACAGGAAUUGAAUCAGAUACUUCUCGAAACUCCACCAGUUUGGAAAGGAUCAUCCAAACUUUUUCGGAAUCUCCGGGAGAAAGGUGUGAUUUCUUACACAGAAUAUCUCUUUCUGUUAUGUAUCUUAACAAAGCCACAUGCUGGUUUUAGAAUAGCUUUCAACAUGUUUGAUACAGAUGGAAAUGAGAUGGUGGACAAAAAAGAGUUCUUAGUGCUGCAAGACAUAUUCAGAAAGAAAAAUGAGAAGAAAGAAAGGAGAGGAAAUGAAGAGAAGCGUGCUAUGUUGCACCUCCAACUUUAUGGAUACCACAGUCCUACUACCGCAGUGCUAAAAACAGAAGGAGAGGACCUUGUUCCAAGAAGCUAUUGGGAUACUCUGAGACGUAGCACAAGCCAAGCACUCUUUUCAGACCUUGCAGAGCGUGCAGAUGACAUCACCAAUUUACUGUCAGAUACUACUCUGCUGAUCCACUUUUUUGGCAAAAAAGGAAAAGCUGAACUUAACUUUGAAGAUUUUUAUAGGUUUAUGGAUAACCUCCAAACUGAAGUUCUUGAAAUAGAAUUCCUUUCCUACUCUAAUGGGAUGACCACCAUCAGUGAAGAAGACUUCGCUCAUAUACUUUUAAGAUACACAAAUGUGGAAAAUACAUCAAGCUACCUGGAAAAUGUGCACAGCAGUAUCCCAGAAGAACAAGGCAUUACAUUUGAUGAAUUCAGAUCAUUUUUCCAGUUUUUGAACAAUCUAGAAGACUUUGCCAUUGCGAUGCAGAUGUAUAAUUUUGCAAACCGUUCAAUAGGACAAGAUGAGUUCAAACGUGCAGUAUAUGUAGCCACAGGUUUGAAGCUUUCACCGCAUUUAGUGAACACAGUCUUUAAGAUUUUUGAUGUAGACAAAGAUGAUCAGCUGAGCCACAAAGAAUUUAUUGGUAUUAUGAAAGACAGAUUGCAUCGAGGAUUCAGAGGAUAUAAAAGCGUACAAAAAUACACAACUUUCAAAUCUUGUGUGAAGAAAGAACUCAAUAGCAACAGAUAAACCAUGAGAAAAACCAAAUACGAAGAGAAGAAGAUCCAUAAUUGUGUGAUGACUAUAUUAUGCAAGCACUUCAGAGAACUCUGGAAGCAAUUUCACAGCCGUGACAAGAUGAGAUAAACGACAAGACAUCUUUAAUGCUUAGUUUUUCCCUCUCUCUUUUGUUAACUGAGGAAAGAUUGAGGCAAACAUUUUUCAUUUAUAGCAAAAUAGGUUAUCAGUUUGGACUGUGACCCUUGAGAGUCUCUGCUGCUGUAAACAUAGUUCAUCUGUAUCAAUGGAAUAAGAUGCAUCUAUUUCUUAAUUUCCACCUUUUUCAUCACCCCUUUUCAUGUGAAUCACUGAAAUUAUUUUUGUAAUGUUUGGAAAUAAUUUUCAAAUCAGUGCAGAGAAAUAUUAUGCAUGUUUAGUGAGAGUGGGGCUGCGUUCUGUGGGGCUUACUCUCUGGAAAGUGUGCAUAGGAUUGCAUUUUUAAUAGAAAUUUCUAGGGAAGUAGCUGUGUUAGCCUGUUAUGGCAAAACAAUGAGUCUUAUAGCACUUUUAAAUAUUAUCAAGUUUUAUUGGGCAUAACCUCUUAUGAACAGGAGACAUUUCAUCAGAACCAUGGAAUUCUAUCUGAAUUGGCAGAUUAUUGUUCAGGUUCUUGGUUGCAUAUGUAAUCAGUGGGGCAAAAGGAAACAAUGCCGAAAGUGGAAUUCAUGAACAUUUAUAACAGUGAUAAUUAACAAACCCAUUGGAUGACAACACAUUUAUGGCAAAUAAAGCUUAUUAGUCUUUAGGGUUCCAAACAGCACUUUGAUAUCCUUAAUGGAUUGUUUUUAAAUACAGUAGAAUCCCGGUAGUCCGAGUUAAACGGGCGGACCUCAGCUCGGUCAACCCAGAUGACUCGGAUUACCAGGCCUCUCCGUUGAGACUCAGCCUGGAUUUGGAGGAGCUUGCAGCCCCUUUGAAUCCACGCUGCGUCCCAACGGAGGGGAGGCCUCUCCAUUGGGAGGCAGCUUGGAUCCAGAGGAGCUUGCAGCCCCUUUGAAUCCAUGCUGCGUCCCAGUGGAAGGGAGGCCUCUCCCUUGGGAGGCAGUUUGUGUCCGGAGGAGCUUGCAGCCCCUCUGAAUCCACGCUGCGUCCCAACGGAGGGGAGGCCUUUCCUCCGUUGGGAGGCAGCUUGGAUCCGGAGGAGCUUGCAGCCCCUCUGAAUCCACGCUGCGUCCCAACGGAGGAGAGGCCUCCAUGGCCGUGGUUUGGAUCCAGGGGAGCUUGCCGCUUCUCUGGGUCCAAGCACCCGCCGAAUGGAGAGGAAACUUCUCCCUUCGGCGGGCGUUUGGGCCAGCCAUUGAGCGGGUGAAGGGGGAGGGCAGCAAAACCCCUACCCGUUCACCCGUCCGCUCGUGCCUCGGCUCCUUCGUCAUGCCAGGAGCCGGCAGCACCGGCACCCGGCGUGUCGAACGGCCAGCCAUGCGUGUUGCUAGGUAGAUAGCAAGCUACCUAGCAACACACAGGGGGCGUUCGCCCCUUGGGAGGUGCCCCCUGCGUGUUGCUAGGGGGCACCUCCCAAGAGGCGAGUACCCCAUGCGUGUUGCUAGAUAGCUUGCUAUCUACCUAGCAACACGCACGCCAGCGAGCAGGUGAAUGGGAGGGCCUUUGCGGCUCUCCCUGUACACCCGCUCGGACAAGCAGGGCUCGGACGAGCGGGGUUUUACUGUACUACUUUUGGUUUCUUCCAGAACAAUAGUACAGUGUUCCCUCACUUAUCACUGAGGUUAGGUUCCAGGACCACCCGCAAUAAGUGAAAAUCCGCGAAGUAGGGAUACUAUAUUUAUUUUAAUUUUUAUACAUGAUUUUAGUAGUUAUACAGUAUUUUAAGUCUUUAUCAACCAAUCGUGUGUUGAUAAAUCGCCUCCUCCUUCUCCUGUUGUUGCUUGGGCUCCUUUUCUCUCCCCUCAGCUUCUCCUUCCUCCCUUCCUUAGGCUGUAAAUUGUAAUUUUUUAUGAUUAAUAACAGUCUUUUAGAGUUGAUUGAAAAACAGCGAAUCUGCAAAAAGUGAACCGCAAAGUAGUGAGGGAACACUGUAUUAUGGGUUUUAUCUUUUUUAUCUUUGGGAGUCUUUGCGGGGAAUAUGCUAGUAGAGGAAAGUGGGGUAUAAGUCAUUAAACUAAAAUUAUGCAUGGACCUCUUACUGUCUAUGUGGAGCCUUUUCAAUAAUAUUGCAAACCUGCUGAUUAUUUUCAAUGUGAAGGGAGCAGUGCAUUCUCACAAACAGCUCAGUAAUACCAUUUAACCUUUCUGAAAAAGCUCUGGAUGCAGAAAUAAUAACUGAAAAAAAUUGUGCAUGUUACUGUAGUACCAUUUUUGUAUGCAUUUUCUGCCAAGGAGAAAUACGUAUUAGUAACCCAAGCUAGAUGAGGUUAUUUCACUUUAAAUAUAAUGGUUACGAAACUCUAUAUAAUGUGAAUUAUUUUAAGAAUGUAUUUUUAAAAGGUCUGUUGUAUUUAUUUCAUUUUACAUGCCAUUCCAUUUUCUUAGUAAGUUUAUUAUGCUGAUAUAUGUGCCUUUAAUAAUAAUAUGUACAUAAAAAUAUUCCCAGUGGAUGUUAGAAUAGCAACCUAUUUUAACAGGAAUAUGAAAUAAAGAUCAUUUUGCAGCAGAAAGCAAUUUGGGAAAUAUGUUAUAAAGUUACUAUGAAAUCUAACUAUUUUCUUACAUUAUAGAUUUAUGAAAACAUUAAACUAUUGAAAUAUGGAUAGCAUAAAUAGAUAAGAUUUUAAAAGAAAUCUUUAUCCGUGAGCCUUUAAACGAGAGCAUUUUGAGUCAGUACUGAUGUUCGUCAUUCCAUGCUACUAAACUAAAUCAAAUGCAGCACUUUGCAUUCUUUUAUCUGAGAAUAGUAGUGUCAUUUAUAUGUAGAUUCAAUAAAGUUAAUCAAAGUA